CCCGCCAUGACCAUCAUCAACAAGGCCGCCCCGCCCAUUGCCGGCCCAUCGUCUCUACCUAGGCCAUCGUCGUCGCCGCCCCCGCCCCCGCCGCCCUUUCGCGACGUCGCUGAAAGCACCCACCUGCUCAUUGACUUCGACGACGCCCAAGGGGACCCUCCGCCAGAAUUCACUCCAUACCAUGCUGAGUAUUUCGAUACCGGGAAUGGCGACAUCGUGUCUCACGAUCCCCACUUGAAUUCGGACGGAGAAGCGCUCUAUCGAUUCCUGCUGUCUCAAGCAAGCACCCCUCCGUCGCUCUCUCUUCACUGUCACGGUACCCAUUCAGAAACUCACCAUCGCCACGUAACUCACACAGGUCGCGGCGGCACGAUCGAAACGCGGCUCGAGAGCUACACCGAAACCGUCGUCGACUUCGACUUUUACAUCUCCCUUGAUCACCUUAUCCUUCCAGAACCGACUCACUGGUCCGUUGCAGAUUCUGAUCCUGCUUAUCGCGGUCGUAUGGUCAAGGAGAUUGACCUGUCUGGUAAAAAGAAAGCGAAGCGGAAGGAAAGAAGAGCUUUCCGUUCUUGGAUCAAGGACAGGGAUGCACGCGGCCUUCCACCGUGGAUUUCGAGCACUCAGGCUACGGGCGCUCAUCCAGCCUUAGAAGACUCCGCUGUCCUUAGAUCUUCCAAGACCCUUCGGACCUGGGCUGACGAAUACUGCGCUUCCCCAAAAUACCUGAAAGAAUUCGUCUACGUCAAAUCCGUCUACGGAUGGAAUUUACGCAACCUUGAAUCUGCCAUCCGUUCUAUCAUCAAGACGUCUCUCUACACCGGUACACUCGAGGUUAACUUCGAAACUUCCGCCAAAGAAGUUUACAUCAGACCCGAUAACCGUCUCUCGAGAACCCUUUCCAAUAAAUGGUUAAAAUUCCUGUCCAUUAUCCUUUUCAUAUUUCCAUUCAUCUGGCUGUUCAAGCGUUUUCAUAACAAGGGCGGUGGUAGGUGGGAGGUUUGCGGUGGCGCCUACGCUCUGAAACGCUGGCUGCCACUUGACUCCGAAUCUGAACAUACCGUAGAUAAGAAACAGUUACAGUCCGUUGCUAGGGAUGCUGCGAUUGUGCGCCCUAAAGACGGGCAGGCGAGCAAGUUCGUCGGAUCCAGGGAAGGCGAGUGGCUGAAGCAGUGGCAAGGUACCAUCAUACGGGCCGUGCAGAUGCGUUAUGAAUCUAUUGAACCUAUGUUGGUCCCCACCGACCAGCUUCUCAAUCAUCCCUUGCCUGUUGAACUGGACGGCUACUAAUUUUUAACGGCAUGUGUAUAUCCUCAAUAUUUAUCCAGCAGCAAACUGUGACCUUUCAAUACAUCACAUUCAAGACGGACGCACGCAGACUAGACUUUUAAGUCCAAUCCAAAGAAAGAAAUGUAUAUAAUGCCAAGUUCCAACAAAUAAUUGAGAAAGCAUGGAAAAGAGAUAUGGGAUAUGAUAUACAUUACAGUAUGUGAAAUUGUUUUAGAUAUA